AUGGCGUCAUUUCAAAUGGAAGGGGAAGCAGAUCAUUGGUGGGAAAUGAUCAAAAGUACUCGACAUGUAGAGACAUUAACUUGGAGACAGUUCGAAGACCUGUUCAUGGAAAAGUAUUUUCCUAACUUGCUAAGACAAGAAAUGAUUCAAGAGUUCCUUCAACUGAAACAAGGAAAAAUGUCAUUCACUCAAUAUGCGAACCGUUUUGAAGCUCUUUCACGGUACGCUUCAGCCAUAGUAGCAAAUGAAGAGGAUAAGGUUAGGCGAUUUGAAUGGGGCUUGGACACAGACAUUAGAGGAAGAUUGAUCGCAGUGCAACUCUCCACUUAUGCCCAGAUGGUGGAUCGAGCUUUAAUUGUGGAACGAGAGUUAGCAGAUUCUGAACGCAUUCGAAAUCAGCGAUCAAGGAACAACAACCAACCACGCGGAGGAGGCCCAGUCCGCAACACCAGAAACCAUCUUAUGCCAGCACUCUAUGCCGGAGGAAUACAACAGCAACAAAGGCAGAAUCGAGGAAACCAGCAAGGAGGAAACUUUGUAAAUGAGUGGAAAGGAAGAUGUUUCAGAUGUGGUCAACAGGGGCAUCGUCGAAGUGAGUGUCCUCAAGGUGGGGAGUAUUUUAUGGAUUAG